AUGUCGAACUUAUCAAAGCUUGAAUUCACCGCACUUGACAUCUCGGGCAAUAACUACCUCCCGUGGACUCUUGAUGCUAAAAUCCAUUUGACGGCAAAUAAUUUGGGGGAAACAAUUAAUGUUGAUAAUCAGACCUCACCUCAAAAUAAAGCAAAAGCUAUGAUAUUCCUUCGCCAUCAUCUUCACGAAGAUCUAAAGCGGGAAUAUCUAACUGUUGAGGACCCUCUUGAAUUAUGGACAAACAUCAAAGAACGUUUUGACCACCAGAAGUUGGUCCUACUCCCCAAAGCCCGCUAUGAAUGGCUUCAUUUACGACUACAGGAUUUUAAGACAUGA